AACGUAUCGAUCAGGCCAGGCGAGACGAAAAAGAAAUCAAAAUUACGCCGAGAGAAACUCGAGUAUCGAUUGCGCCGAGGCCGCAAAAGGAAACCAACAUUCUUGCAGAGUCGCGGCGUCACGCGCCUCGGUCGUCAUGGGAGCUCGUCAACAAAAUCAAAGCGUAGUUUCCUUCAUGUGGGCUUGGCUUAUUGCGCGGCUCAUCAUGUUCACGCUCGGUGAGUCGGGAAAAGACGUCUCAAGGAUCCUCACCGAUCAUGAUGGACAUGGAAAUGAAUGCCGAACUCGAGAGGGAUGGAGCAAGCGAAACUGGAGAGGCCUCUUCCGAAGGAAGCUCGGCUGGGAGUGCGUACUGUUCUCUCGAGCAAGAUUUUGCAAGGAUAACGAGUGAAAUGAAGAGCAACGAAGCUCUGGCUGCUUACGAAACCGAAUACACGCGACUCUUUGAAUCUCUGUACAAAGCUCAUCGGCUGGAGGAAGAGCUUACGGAGAAGUGCAGAUUGCUCAAGGAAGACGUAACGGAAGGAAGAGGCAGGAUACAAGAGCUUGAGAGAAAAGUAUUAGCGGACGCAGAGAGCAUGGAACAUGCUCGAAAGGAAAUCUUAGAGGGCAAGAAGUUAGCCGACGCCGCCCACACGCGGGAACAGAAGGCCCAGGAAGUUAUCGAGAACUUACGGGUCUCCAUUGCCAAGCUCACCGACGAGCUUGUCCAGAAAAACAAGCAACUCGCCUCGGAGGAAAAUUCGGUUGCAGCUAAGCAGAAAGAAGGCCUGUCGAAAGAUCGCGAGCGUCUCAUCGGCGAAGUCGAGGCGCUCCGCCAGCGCCUGAAAACCGUCAACUCCUACAAGCAAGAAAUCGAAGACAAGUUUAACGAGUCGGAGCAACGGGCCAGCGAGCUGCAGGACAAGCUCGACCGACAGGCAAACGAGAUGGCCAAGGAGCGACGCGAACACGAGAAGAUCGAGUCCGAACUGCAGCUGGUCCACGACGAGCUCAGGUCGCGACUCGCUGACCUCCAGACAGCCGAGGAAGCGCUGAAGACCACAGCUAACAACGUCGCGAGGCAGGACAACAUACUGAGGGAUCAGGUGCUGGAGAACGAGAAGAACCAGAAGGAGAUGCAGAAGCUCAUGCUCAAGCAGAUGACGAUGAAGACCGAGGCGGACAAGGUCAGCGCCAAGCUCGAGGAAGCGAGGAAGGAGCUUUUCGAGAGGAACAAGCAUAUCAAGGAGAUUAAUAAGGAAGUGCAGAGGCUGAAGGAAGAAAUGGGAAAGUUCAAGUCGGAGAAGGAAAGCAGCCUGAAGAAACUCGCGAAAGAGAAGAGCCUUAGCAGCAAAGCCGACGAGAAUCUGAAGCGAGUCUCGGCGAAUCUACGCAACGCGGAGCUGGAGAUAGCAGCUCUGAAGCGUCAGUUGGACGCGGAGAGAAAGACGAUCGAAAAGCUCAACCGGGACAAGGACGCGGCGGCAAAGAACGCGACGCUCCUCGAGGACAUGAACAAGAAGCUUGCGCUGGAGAUCCGCGUGUUCGAGCAGACCAAUCGGAAAAUGGAGGCGAGUCUGGAGGAGAUCACCGAGGAGUCCAGCGAACUGAAGCGGCAGGUUAAGAGCCUCGAGAAGGAGAAAGACAGGUGCACCGUCGAGGCUCAGGAAUUAUCGCAGCAGGUGGAAGACUACGCAGUCGAAGUGAAACUGAAGCGACUCGAGAUCUCGGACUAUCAGAAGCGACUCGCGGACGCUGAGGCCAAACUGCGACAGCAGCAGACCGUCUUCGAGGACAUAAGGGCGGAGAGAAACUCGUACAAGAAGAGCCUAUCUCUGUGCCAAGACGAGAUCGCCGAACUGAAGAACAAGACGAAAGAGUUGAGCUCGCAGAUCGACCAACUCAAGGAGCAGUUGGCUGUCAAGGAAGCGAACCUGGUGAAGCAAGAAUUCUUAUUCAGCAAAACCGAGAAAGAGAAAGAGUCCCUGAAAUCCGAGCUGCAGACCAGCCGCAAGAACGCCUCGGACAUCCGGCGCGAGCUGGAGGACAUGCGCCAGGAGGAGAAGCAGCUGCGCGCCGCUCUCCAAGAGGCCGACGCAAAUGCCGCCCGCCAGCGCAAAGAAAUUGAGGCGGUGAUGAACGAGCGCGACGUUAUCGGCACGCAGAUAGUCCGGCGCAACGACGAGAUGAGUCUGCAGUAUAGGAAGAUCCAGAUCCUCGAGGAGACGCUGCAACGCGGCGAGAAGCAGUACGGCCAGCGCCUCGAGGAGAUUCGCCUGCUUCAGCUCGAGCUUAAGAAGCUCAAGCUCGAAAAAGCUGCGUUGGAGAAGAACACGGCCAAUCUCUACGAUCUUCGGGCCGAGGUCUUUCACUUGGAGAGAAAUCUGACGAAGGAGAGACUGAAAGUCAUGGCGCUCGAGGAGGAGGUGCAGAAUCCGCUGAACGUUCAUAGGUGGCGGAACCUCGAGGGAACGGAUCCGGAUACAUUCGAGUUGCUGAAAAAGAUUCAGAUCUUGCAGAGGCGGAUACUGAAGAUAUCCGCGGAAUUGAUUGCCAAAGAGAAGAAGAUCAGGGAAACGGAAAAACUGUACAUGAAUCUUCGCGAGAUCAUCGCCAAGCAACCGGGGCCCGAGGUUUUACUCCACCUCAGUAAGACCCGCCGAGCUCUGAGAGACAGAGGAAAGAAAAUGAAGUGCCUCGUAGCCGAGCUGAACAUGACUCUGACAGCCGAACAUAAAUUCGAGCUCGACAAGGUGAAGCGAGAGCUGCACGCCGUGAAGUCCAAGUACUUUGCCCAGAAGAAAAGAGAACUGAAGGCCAUAGAACCAACCAAGAAAAACCUUCCGUCUGUUCGGACGAACUCGAUCAAAUUCCACGGUGGUGGCUUUAACUUAAGCACGCCUAUUGUCAAUAGCUGUACUACUUCCCUCGUCACAGUAAAUAAAUGAAUUUUUCUUUCCUCAGA